CAAUCAUGCUUCUGCUGGUGGUCACCGUAUCCGUCGCCAAUGCGUUUUUAGCCGCUGGAGUUGUUUGCAUGCCCCUGUCAGACCAGGGGCCCCACAUCAACCACGGCUGGGACCAGGUGGUGCGGUUCAGGCACCUUUACGCUGCCAGGCCGGGACUUCACCUGUUGAUCAGCGGGGAUGGACAGAUCCACGGCUCUGCUGCCCAAACCCUGUACAGUCUACUGGAGAUCCGGCCAGUGGGUCCAGGCUGUGUUGCCAUCAGAGGAGUAGCAACCGCACGGUUUCUAUGUAUAGAAGGAGAUGGAAGACUGUACUCAUCGCACACCUACAUUAGAGACGACUGCACCUUCAGAGAACAGAUCCUGCCAGACGGGUACAACAUCUACAUCUCUGACAAACAUGGUGCCCUUCUCAGUCUAGGAAACCAGCGGCAAAGGCUGCAGGGUCGAGACCGAGGUGUCCCCACCUUGGCCCAGUUCCUCCCAAGGAUCAGCACCCUGCAUCAGGCCUCAUUCCCUGGACUGGAUGUCCCUCACCAGCCAGAGCAGACUGCGGUGCAAACAGAAGAACCUGUGGACACGAUGGACUCCUUUGGAAAGCUCUCUCAGAUCAUUCACAGUCCCAGCUUCCACAAGAGAUGA